AUGCCUUUGUUUGGGAAGAUAAGUGAAUUCCAGGAUGGCCAAGAAAGCUUUCUAAACUAUGAGGAACGGUUGGUACAGUUCUUCGAAGCCAACGAAGUGCCCGAUGAGAAACUGGUCCCUGUUUUUCUGUCCGUGAUAGGAUCGACAGCGUAUGGGGUCCUCAAGAACUUGGUUGCUCCUGCACUCCCCAAGGAUAAAUCUUAUGCAGACUUGGUCAAACUGUUGAAAAAUCAUUAUAACCCCAAGCCGCUCACAAUUUCAGAAAGGUUCAAGUUUAAUAAACGCAAUCAAAAAGAGGGGGAAACAGUAUCUGAAUAUGUAGUCGAGUUGAAACGAUUAUCUACACAUUGUGAUUUUGGAACAUUUUUAAAUGACGCAUUGAGGGAUAGGUUUGUCUGCGGUCUACGGUCAGAAACAAUUCAAAAGAAACUGUUAGCCGAGGAGGAGUUAUCAUUUGAUCAGGCCAUUAAGAUAAGUACCGCUAUGGAAAUGGCUGAGAAAGACACUGUGUCCUUGGUGGAACCGGCAGUUGCGAAGAACACUAACUUUGUCGAAGAAUCAAGUGAUGAAGAGCUUACUUUGUUUGUUUAUUCUAAUUCAGAAAGCAAAUCAAAUCAUCCGUUUAAGGUGAAUUUUAUGCUUGAUAAUGAAGAUGUGUUAUUCGAACUAGACACGGGUAGUUCAAGAACUCUAAUCAAUGAACAAACUUACCGCGCACAACUGGGUGGUAAUAAUCUUCGUCCAACUAACAUUAAGCUGAAAAGUUAUUCAGGUCAGAGCAUAGACACUUUAGGUGAAAUUACUGUAUCAAGUGAAGGGAAAUUACUGACUGCUGUUGUUGUCAAAGGAAAUAGGCCAAAUUUGCUAGGUCGUGAUUGGCUGAAACAAAUAAAACUUGACUGGAAAACAAUCUUUGCUAGUGUUAACAAAGUAGAUAGCUCUGAUCCGGUAGAAACUAUGAAACAAAAAUUCUCAGAAGUAUUUGUGAAAAAUGACAAACCGAUUUUAGGUUUCAAAGCAACUAUUCAUUUGAAAGAAAAUAGCAAACCAUGGUUUCAUAAAGCCAGACCGGUACCUUAUGCAUUAAAAGACAAGGUGACUGAGGAAUUGAAAAUUCUUGAAAAAGAUGGUGUAAUUGAACGUGUCGAUAAUAGUUCUUGGGCAAGUCCGCUGGUUGUCGUGCCAAAGGCGGACAAGAAAAGUUUACGACUAUGUGGGGACUAUAAAGUGUCGGUAAAUCGUGAAAUUAGCGAAGAUCAGUAUCCGCUACCGAACAUUGACGAUAUGUUCGCGACCCUUGCUGGGUCAGUGAUGGACACUGUACUGGCUGGUCUUUCUGGAGUGGUGUGCCGUAUAGACGAUAUACUUAUUACAGCUCCAUCCGAUGACGUGCAUCUACAGCGACUCGAGGAGGUGUUGCGACGCCUUCAUACACACAACAUCAAGUUGAAUGCCAACAAAUGCGUGUUUAUGGCAAAGAAUGUAGUGUUCAUGGGACAUCUUGUAGAUGAAGAAGGUAUUCAUCCUACUGACGACAAGGUAGAGGCUGUCAUGAAAGCGCCAGUGCCUACCGAUGUUGGAACCCUGAAAUCUUACCUGGGACUCCUGAAUUACUACGGUUCAUUUAUUCCGAAUUUGUCAACAAUGCUUCAUCCGUUACAUCAACUGUUACGUAAAGGAGCAAAGUGGGAGUGGUCGGCUGAGUGCCAAGAAGCUUUUGACCGCUCUAAGGACGAACUCUCAGGUACAGGGGUACUCAUUCACUAUGAUGAACAGAAACCUGUGAUUUUAGCUUGCGAUGCUUCGGCAUACGGAGUGGGGCAGUUAUCUCCCAUGUUAUGGAAGAUGGAACGGAGAAACCGAUUGCUUAUGCUUCUCGGACACUUGCUCCAGCCGAAAGGAACUAUUCUCAGUGGGUGGCCAAAACAUAACGACGAUCCCAAAAUACGACCAUAUUUUAGCAAACGGUUUGAACUUGGUGUUGACCGUGGUGUGCUACUAUGGGGUCUACGUGUUAUAAUUCCAGAGACUCUGCGGAAUACUAUUCUUUCAGAACUUCAUGAUCAACAUCUUGGAGUAAACAGAAUGAAAUCGCUGGCUCGCGGUUAUGUCUGGUGGCCUAACUUGGACUCUGAACUUGAACACCUUGCUGCCACCUGUGGAACCUGUCAGUCGUUGAAAGCACUUCCUGCAGAAGCACCGCUGCAUCCAUGGGUUCGCGCUUCACGCCCUAUGGAACGAAUUCAUAUUGACUUUGCAGACUUUAAGAACCAUUCAUUUUUGAUACUAAUAGAUAACUACAGCAAGUGGUUGGAGGUUAUACCAAUGAAAAGUACCACCAGUGAAAACACUAUAGACAAACUAAGAUCUAUUUUUAGUUACACGGGUUACCUGAACAACUGGUUUCUGAUAAUGGCCCACAGUUUACAUCAGUUACAUUCAAGGACUUUGUAA